AUGAACGCCUCGAGGAAGGAAGAAGAGGGGCAGAACUUAAUGGAACAAGGUGAGAAGCAAUUGCAUCAGAAAUCAGGCUUCUUGUCUUUCUUCCUCGGCAAAUCUGCCAGCAUAGGCAAAUCUUCGCCUCAGGAGGAAGCUGCUGAGACAUUUGUGAAAGCCGCCAACUGCUUCAGACUCGUCAAAGCCUGGUCGCAGGCUGGUGCUGCCUUCGAAAAAGCAGCUUCCGCCUAUGCUGCUUCUUCUGAUAUGACGUACGAGGCUGCAUCUAAAUAUACUGAUGCUGCCAAGGCGUACAAGAAUUCAGAUUCUGGCAAAGCGGUUGCGGCCUACGAGAAGGCCAUCGAAUUGUACACUGAUACCGCGCGGUUUCAGCAGUGUGCUAGAUAUAAAAAGGAGAUUGCCGAGAUGUUCGAGGCAGAGCAGGACAUGGAGAAAUCGCUGGAGGCAUACAUAGCAGCAGCGGAUUUUUACGAUAUGGAAGACGCAAAAUCGAACGCCAACUCCAUGCGCGUGAAGGUCGCCAUGCUUAGCGCUUCGACUGGCAAAUUUGCGGAGGCAGCCGAUCUCUACGAGUCUGUGGCUCAAAACGCACUCGCUAAUCACAUGCUCAAGUAUGGCGCCAGAGAUCAUCUUUUAAGAGCGGGGCUUUGCAGGUUAUGUUUAGAUGAUGUCAUCGGUGCGCAGAGAGCGAUUUCAAAGUAUGCAGAAAUGGACCCGACUUUCUCCACAUCUCGUGAAGGAAAGCUUUUGGAAGCGGUUGUAGCGGCUGUAGAUGAAGCGGAUGUGCAAGGUUUCACAAAUCAUGUCUACGAGUACGACUCGUUGAGCAAGCUUGAUGAGUGGAAAACCUCUAUUCUUCUCAAGAUUAAGAACAAAAUCAACGCUGAGGAUGAUGACCUCACAUAAAGGUCUGUUCCCAUUAGUUUUAACUAAAAUAUCUGUAAUACACCUUAGCUUGU